GCGCAUGCAGGUGUCGCUACCGCGAACUUAUGAGCAGUGGUGCCAGCUGUUGAUCGUCCUGCUGUCUCUCGUCGCGUUGGCCAACCUGGUUCGGUGGUCGGUUUCCUUCUGCGCCAGUGCGACGGAUACGGUGACCGGCCAGGACGAGCACCUGGGUCUGGUGCAAACGGCGCCUGGUGCCGGAGGCGCGGUGGUGCCACCCUCAGGAAGAUUUUUGGCGUCGAAAAAGGCUAAAAACGUCAGUAUUUGAGAAGAAGGUGGUCUAAAGUCUCCCAUUACUAAAGCUAGUAUGCUAUCGGAGAUUUAGCAGAAGCUACGAAGUUGUGUGUAAUUCGGUAGCAAUCACAAUUUUAUGGGAGCGAUUUUAUCGUUUACAAGUACAAGUGGUUGUACACAGUGAGUGUAGCAAAAGCAUUUUAACAAGCAAGUAGAAGCAGGAGUCACUUUAUUGUACUUUUGCUCAGCUGUUGUUGUUGACUGAAGAUCCUUUUCCCCCCGAGACUAACGAGAAUAUAGACCACGAAGCGCAACAUUGACACUGAAUUAACGAAUAGCGAAUUCGUAAUCGUAUUUCUAUUCUCUUUCUCGCCUUCCCGGCGCUCUCAUAUUUUCAAACUAUCUCGUCUAUUUGCUCGCCCCCUUUUUUCAUUCAUCUUACAGACUAAGCUUUAUAAUUCCUCGAUGAGGUGGUGUCUUUUCCAUUUGUCUUUGUUGUCCCCCGAUAUCCAAAAGAAAAAGAUUUAUCUCGAACAGCAUUACAAACCCCAUAAUUACUUAUUGUUUUGCGGCAUCAUCUGUGGCGCUCUCAGCGUUGCGAUGGGUGGCGUUUUACUUUUCGAUUGUCCUCCUUCUAUUUCGACCUCUGACAGAACAAAGAAAAAGAUGCAUUUAUUUCAGUCUCUAUCUCAUAUGUGGUAUCCUGUCUUGCGGUCAAGCAUGUUCCAAAAAAGAUUGCAGUUACUCGAACAGAAUUAUGAGCCCGUAUUAUUACAGAGACCACAAACGCAAAAAGAAUAA